GAUGGCCAGAUCUACACACACACACACACACACACACCACCUGUCAAGCAAGUUGUGUUGACUUUGAGAUCUGUCGUCUGAAAUGCAUAAUUAGUACUUUUCACCACAAUCGUCAAGCGAGUUCGGCCUCGUGUCCAUCGCCGUCAAGAAGCUGUGAUAUUAUUAGUGUUUGUACUGACUCUGUGAAGGAAACAGUAUAGUGUAAACACGACUGUUUUAUGUAAUGAGUGAUCCUCGUGAACGUCAGUGAUGGUUAUAGUGAGGAACUUUGUCGAGUAAACGCAUCUUUACAAAAAUCUAAUUCCGUUGAGUAAGGUCCAUCGAUACAUGGAUGAUUAUUGUGACAGUUCGUAACUGACAGAAAAAAUGUCUGAAUCAAUUUGAAAAGAAGUCGACGAUCAGUGAGUGGCAUUUACAAGUUUCUGAAAAGUACUGUUAGAUAAUUACUUGAGAGAGAGAGAGAGUCCCCCCCCCAAAAAAAUAAUAAUCAUAAUAAAACAGGAUAUUCCGCCAUGUGGACAUCAGUGUUGGUGGUGUUAGUGUUGACCCAGGGUCCUCUGGCGGCGCUCGGGGAGGCUCAGUGGCCUCGGCAUAUAUCAGGAGGAGGUUUGCACCGGUUUCCUCCUUUGGGAAGUGGCGGCCACAUCAUACAUCACGAGGAACCAGGUGUUCGCUUCUCCUUAAAUUUUCACCGCCAAGGCUUACCCGAACCUGUGGGAGGACCCAGUAGGCCAUUUUUCAACGAACCAUUCCCUAGAAAUUUCGGAAGACCACCACCCAUCGGACCACCACAACUAUCACCCAUAGGACGACCACCACCACCCAUAGGACCACCACCACCACACUUGAGACCAUUUCCAAUCCCGGCCAGACCACCUAGUCCACCAUCUUUAGGACCACACUUCCCUCCUCCUACAGAGCCACUACACCCACCGCCUCGACCAGUACCCCACUCCUCGCAUCCUACCAAACCACAUGUUACAACCAAGGAAUCACACAAGAUGGUUACUAAACCUUCCAUCUCAAAGCCUCACGCGUCGACGAUCCUAAAAAACCAACACCACAAUAAUGAAGGUCCAGGUGGCUGCCACACAACUGAAGGCUUCUACUUUGCUGGCCAGACGUGGUAUACUAAAGGAUGUCGGCGUCGCACCUGUGUUCAUUUCCGCGGAACCUUCCAUGCUGAAACCGACUCCUGUGAUACAGAAAUCUUCAACACCACCUACAAAUGCAUCGUGGUGGUUGAUACAAAUGCACAGUACCCAGAAUGCUGCCCAAAAUACCGCUGUAAUCCUGAUAAUCUAGGCAACUCGGUCAAGUAAAGUGCGAUGGAUUUUAAUAUUUUUAAGAUAAUUUGAAUAGACAAUAAAACUAACACUACAGAAUGUCUAAAAUAAAUAAAACCUGCCUUACAUUUUUGUGGUAGUUGUUUGUAUUACAACAGCAACAUUAUCCCCAAUUGUUAAAGUGGGACCUACAAAAAUCUUUAAGGCAGUGUUUUACAAUUUGUUGACACCGUUUAUAAUAUCUUGUGCAGGAUGGUUUGUUUGUUUGAGUAGAGAUAACAUUUAGAAGAUGAUGUUUCAGUGCUGUUUGUAUCCCCACUACAGCAGAUAGAAGGUUUAAAUACUGCUAAUUAUUGCAUAGAUAUUACAAAAGAAUAUUGAGAUAAA